UUUUUCAUACAUUUUUGAUGUUGGCACCACAGGGCUUAUGUCUAAUUCGAUUUCUUAUUUCAUUCGUAUGAUUAAUUGUGAUUUGUGAUAAUAAUUAUCAACGUUAUUGUAAUUGUAUUGCUUCAAACUCUUAUUUAAUUAUCACAAACCAACGUCGGAGGCUACGCCCUGUUUUAUACAAACUAAGUUGUUGGUUUUAGCUUUCAACAUAGGCCUAUCAGACACUGCCGUUAUGGAUAUGAUGGUAUCGACCUUGCAACAACAGCGUGCUGUAACAGAACAGCUAAGAAGAGAAGCUUCUAUAAAGCGUAUACCAGUGUCGGUUGCUGUGGCUGAUAUAGUACGGUAUAUAAAUGAACAUGAACAAGAGGAUUGUCUUUUAGUAGGCUUUUCGAGUCAAAAGGUUAAUCCUUUCCGAGAGAAAAGUUCGUGCACAGUCCUAUAAAGCUUUCUCAUGCAUUGUUUUGCAUGGGUUUCACGUUGUGUUACAAUUAUUAAUCAUAAUGUUUUGAUUUAUUUAUUUUCCUAAUUGUACACUAUAUUUUGAUAUAUGAUGAUGUAUUGAAUAGAAAUUUUGUUUGCAGAAGUUCAUAAUUUAAAUUAAUUUUCUAACACAUGUAAAUGACAUCUCAACUGUAUAAUGUUUGUAAUUAAUUAAAUUUAAUAACUAAUA